GUCACCCAACUUUGAGGUUAUGUUGAUGAAAUUUUGUAAAAGUGUUUACAAAAUUCGAACACAAUAAGAAGCAAAAAUGUCGAUUCUAGAAUACUCCGUAAAGUCGGGCCACUACUCAUCCUUGCGACAUUUCAGGUGUGAAAAUAGCAAACUUGAAGCGUUUUCGUGCAAAGACUGCACCUUCCAGACUGAACUAACCCUUCUUUUCAAACAGCACCUCAAGAGGCACCUCCGAGACAACGAAUCAGUACGCAACCACAUCAUUCGAAACUAUGUUUGUGCACACUGCAACUUUGAAACGUACUUCUCGAUGAAGUGGUUUCAACACCAGAUAAUAUGUUCAGGACAUAAAGACAAGCUAGUGACUUCUAAAGAGGCGUACAUUUGGUUCUGUGAGCAGUGUGACUGUAAAUACAAAACAAAGUACGCUUUGAAGGAACAUAUUCUCCUGAGACACGCCAGUGACGACGAAAUCCGCUGGUACUUGUGUGAAAAAUGUGCCUACAAAACCAAGUACAGAACAGGUUUGAACAAACACAUGAACGUACACUGUUCAAACGAGAACGAUAUUAAAUGGAACAAGUGCAAAAAGUGUCCGUUUAAAGCCAAGCACCACUCGUCCUUGAGCUGCCACAUGAACGUGCACCACAAGGACGAGCACAGCAUUAAGUGGUACCAAUGUGGAAAGUGCCAAUUCAAAACUAAAUAUAAUUCCAAUUUAAGAAAACACGUGAGUCGAUUGCACCUAGACGAGCACGAUAUUAAGUGGUACGAAUGCAAACAGUGUCCAUACAAAGCUAAACAAAAAGCACAACUGCAAAGACACGUAAUUACGCACUGUUCAGACGGUCCGGAAAUUAAAUGGUACGAAUGUGACAAGUGUCCGUAUAAAACUAAACAGAAAGGCGAUUUGAAAAGUCACAACAAUGCACGACAUUUGAACGAAAAAGACAUCAAGUGGUUUUAUUGUCAAGAGUGCCCGUACAAAGCUAAGAGAAAUUUUCACUUAAAGACACACAUAAAUGCGCGACAUUCGGAUGCUGAGUCGGAUAUUAGGUGGUUUAAGUGUGACAAGUGUACGUACAAAGCCAAACGUAAAGCGAAUUUGGAUGUUCACGUGAACGCGCGACACUCGGAAGGGGAGGAGAUUAAAUGGUUCGAGUGUAAAAUGUGUCCGUAUAAGGGUAAACAGAGCGCGCAUUUGAAGAAACACAUUUUUUCGAGACAUAAGGGGAGAAAGUAGUUAUUCUUUUCGUUGGAGUUAUAGAUUUUAGAUUAAAAGAUCUCCUAUGUGUGUUUAUAAUAAAACAAAGUUUGGUAGAAAA